AUUUUCUUCAGGUGAAAUGAAAGUUUAGUGGAGCUUUAAAAAAAAAAGCACACGGUGAACACGGUGUUUAGAUUCAGCGUGACGCUUCUCCAGCGUUUAUUUAAGGAACUAAAACUACAGCAGCCAUGGCUUCCUCCAGCAGCCUUCUGUCUGAAGAUCAGCUCCAGUGCUCCAUCUGUCUGGAUGUGUUUGUUGAUCCAGUCACUACUCCAUGUGGACACAACUUCUGUAAGAUCUGUCUUAAAAAGUAUUGGGACAGCAGUCCACACUGGCUGUGUCCAAUUUGUAAAAAAGAUUUCUCCCAAAGGCCUGAGCUCCAUGUGAAUACUUUUAUCUCUGGACUGGCUGCUACAUUUAAGAAGUCAGUUCUGGUAAAAUCUAGUUGCAUAGCAAAUGAGCUUCUCUCCAAGGGUAAUAAGGUCCUGUGUGACUCCUGCGCUGAGGAAAAGCUGGAGGCUCUAAAGUCCUGUCUCCACUGUGGGGUUUCUCUCUGUAGUACUCAUCUGAUGCCUCAUAGAACUACAAAAAAAUUCAAAAAGCACAAACUUAUGGAGCCAGUUGAGAACCUGGAGGACUACAUCUGCCAGAGACAUGAGAGACCCCUGGAACUGUUCUGUAGAGACGACCAGAUAAGUGUUUGUCAGUUCUGCACUGAGACAGACCACAAAAGUCACAACACUGUUUCUGUUGAGGAGGAGAGUGCAGAGAAGAAGAUUCUGUUAGGAAAGACACAAUUUGAAGUUCAGGAGAUGAUCCAGCAGCGACUUAAGAAGAUUAAGGAAAUUAAACACACUGCAGAAAACACAGAAAAAAACACAGAGAAGGAGAAAGCAGAUGUUGUGGAGAUCUUCAGCUCUUUGAUGCACUGCAUUGAGAGAAGCCAGACUGAGUUGCUUAAGGUGAUGGAGGAGAAGCAGAAAGCAGCAGAGAGGCAGGCUGAAGAGUUCAUUAAAGAACUGGAGCAGGAAAUCACAGAGCUAAAGAGGAGAAACACUGAGCUGGAGCAGCUCUCCCACACUGAGGAUCACCUCCACCUCCUACAGACUUACCCGUCACUGUGCAGCCCUCCACACACCCAGGACUGGACUGAUGUCACUAUUAACUCUCAUAUGAGUGUGGAGACUCUGAGGAGAGGUCUGUCUCAGAUUCAGGACAUUCUUAGCGAGGAAAUGGAGAAGCUUCCUGAGAUCACAGAACUAAAGAGAGUUCAACAAUAUAGAGUGAAAGUGACUCUAGAUCCUCAUACAGCUCAUCCUAACCUCAUCCUAUCUGAUGAUAGGAAACAAGUGAGACAUGGAGACUUGCGACAGAGUCUCCCUAACAACCCAGAGAGGUUUAAUUAUAUCAUUUGUGUGUUUGGAAAACAAGGAUUCUCCUCAGGGAGACUUUAUUAUGAGGUACAGGUCAGAGGGAAGUUAGAGUGGGAUUUAGGAGUGGCCCAAGAGUCUGUUAACAGAAAAGGACAGAAUGCAUACAACCCCAAUGAAGGAUACUGGAUUGUGUUUCUGAGGGAUAAGACUAAAUAUAAAGCUUGGGACUCUCCUCCUGUCUCCCUUUCUUUAAAGCAGCUUCCUCAGAAGGUGGGGGUGUUUGUAGAUUAUGAGGAGGGUCUGGUUUCCUUUUAUGAUGUUGAUGCGAAGUCUCUUAUCUAUUCAUUCACUGGUCAGCGUUUCACUGGGAAACUUUAUCCAUACUUUAGUCCGUGUCUUAAUGAUAAAGGUAAAAACUCAACACCUCUAAUUAUCUCUCCUUAAACAUUCUAAGCAAGAAUCCUUUAUCCCAAAAACAAAAUUGUUUUAUCAUUUGUAGAUUUUUUUUUUUUUUUUUGUCAACAUUUUACUUGUCAAAUUGGGGCAGCGGUGGCUCAAUCGAUUAAGGCUGUGGGUUACAGGGCUAUUGAUUGGAAGGCCAUGGGUUCAAGCUCCAGCACCGCCAGGCUUCCACUGUUGAGCCCCUGAACAAGGCCCUUAACCCUGUCCAUUCCAGGGGCACUGUAUUCUGGCUGACCUUGUGCCCUGACCCCACUUUCCUAACUGGGAAAAAAUGUGAAAAUGAAAAAUUUUUAUGUGAAAAAAUCACUUCACUUUACUGUAAAGUACAUGUGAAUCUUAAUCUUUAUUGACAAACGUAGACUUGGUGCGAGUCAAUUCUAACUGAAGAAAUUACAUAACAUUUUUGUGCUCUUUUAAAAUAUUGCUACUGAUACUACUGCCUUAAUAAAGAACUGUUUUU